UCGGCCACCGGGGCGCAGCAAAGCGCCGCUGGGGCGGGCCGGCCGCACCACGGGUGUCCGGGCCGUGGGCCCGAGGGAUGAGGAGGGACCAUGGCCAGCGACGGGGGCAGGAAGCAAUUCUGGAAGCGCAGCAACAGCAGGGUCCCUGGCAGCAUCCAGCAUGUGUACGGAGCCCAGCACCCGCCGUUUGACCCACUGGUACAUGGCUCCUUGCUUAAACCCAUGCCCAAGGUGCCGACCACCCCGGUGAAGGCAAAGAAGGUUAGCACUUUCCAGGAGUUUGAGAGCAAUACCAGUGAUGCCUGGGAUGCAGGGGAGGAUGGUGACGAGCUCCUGGCUAUGGCGGCGGAGAGCCUCAACUCAGAGGUGGUCAUGGAGACGGCUCACCGCGUCCUGCGCAAUCACAGCCAGCGGCAGCAGGAGAUGCCAGCACCCGAGCCAGGGCCCCGGCCAGCUGCAGAACCUCCUGCAGCCCCAAGCGGAGAUCUCCGUCUGGUGAAGUCCAUCAGUGAGAUCCACACGUCCAACCCUCUAGACAAUGCCAGUGGCACAGUCCCUCUACAGAGGUCGCAGAGUCUUCCACACUCGGCUACUGUGGCACUGGGUGGGACGUCCGACCCGUGCGCUGUCAGCCGCUCAGCGCUGAGUAAAAGAGAAUCCUCUCGGCUUGACAAGUUCCAGCAGCUGCUUGCUGGGCCCAACACAGACCUUGAGGAAUUACGGAAGCUGAGCUGGUCCGGAAUCCCAAAGCCAGUUCGUCCAAUGACGUGGAAGCUCCUCUCAGGUUACCUUCCUGCCAAUGUAGACCGAAGAUCAGCCACACUCCUGAGAAAACAAAAAGAAUACUUUGCUUUUAUUGAGCACUAUUAUGAUUCGAGAAAUGACGAAGCUCACCAAGACACUUACAGACAGAUCCACAUUGACAUCCCUCGGAUGAGCCCUGAAGCACUGAUUCUCCAGCCCAAGGUGACAGAGAUUUUUGAAAGGAUCUUAUUUAUAUGGGCAAUCCGACAUCCUGCCAGUGGAUACGUUCAGGGGAUAAAUGAUCUUGUCACGCCUUUCUUUGUUGUCUUCAUUUGCGAAUACAUAGACGAGGAGGAUGUGGAUGUGGAUGCGGUUGACAUCUCCAGCGUGCCUGCCGCGGUGCUGCGCAACGUGGAGGCUGACACCUACUGGUGCAUGAGCAAGCUGCUGGAUGGCAUCCAGGACAAUUAUACCUUUGCCCAACCUGGGAUUCAAAUGAAGGUGAAGAUGUUGGAAGAACUGGUGAGCCGAAUUGAUGCGCAAGUCCACCGACACCUGGAUGGCCAUGAAGUGCGCUACCUACAGUUUGCCUUCCGAUGGAUGAACAACCUGCUGAUGAGGGAGGUGCCCCUGCGCUGUACCAUCCGUCUGUGGGACACCUACCAGUCGGAACCCGAGGGCUUUUCUCAUUUCCACUUGUAUGUUUGUGCUGCUUUUCUCAUGAGAUGGAGGAAGGAAAUACUAGAAGAAAGAGAUUUUCAAGAGUUGCUGCUCUUCCUCCAGAACCUGCCCACUGCCCGCUGGGACGACCAGGACAUCAGCCUGCUGCUGGCUGAGGCCUAUCGCCUCAAGUUUGCCUUCGCAGAUGCCCCCAAUCACUACAAGAAGUGAGCUGGGGCCUGUGGCAGUUGCCUCACCGUUGGGGCAGUGUCUCUUCCCUGCCUGGUUGGCUGCAGGACCCUUGGAGCUGGUCCCUGCCAGGUGUGGCCUUACAGAUGGGCUCUGACAUGGUCCAAAGCUGGUGGGGAUGGCUGCUUCAGUGUAAUUAAUGAGAUACCAAAGAGAGCGAGGGAGGAGCCCAGCUUCAGAGGCCAGAUAUGAGCCAGCAAUUCCCCUUGCCCUGGCUCUGGCACAUCCUUGCCAAGGCCUGCCAUUGCCUCAGUAUGGGCAGCUAGGAGGCAGCCCCCUUCAGAGUCUCCCGAUGUCUUGAUAACAGGCAGAGGUGGGCAGGCUGACUCUGAAAUGCACAACUCUGUUCUGUGAGCUAAAGAAUAAAGUCCAGACACAUUGCUAAGUAAGACUUUCAGUAAGCUGAGGUCUCUGCCCACAGAGGCUCUGACCAACUGCCUGUCAUGUCUGGGCCUGGCAGGUUUAAACAUGGCCUGCUCAGGAGUCAUUUCCCUAAGAGACUGUGGGGCAGGAGUCUGGGGCCACUCACAGUUGCCUUACUGUCUGUUUCUAAUUCCUCUGUGCCCACCUUAGUGAUUUCUGCCAAACAGCUCUGAGUGAGUAAGGGCUGCUCCUUUAGGACCUUCAGGCCUUCGCUGAGCUGCAGUAGGCCAGGGUUCCUUGAGCCCGCAGUCCCAGCCCUGUGUGGUGCUGCUCCCCACACACCUGGCUCAGAGUGGGCAGGAGUUGCUGGGCCACCCAUGUGCUCUCCCACCCCGUCCAGAUCCGCUGGGAGUUGAGGCAGCUUUGCCUCCCAAGUGUGUCCUAGGCUACCUGUCCUUGGUGAUACUGGCAUCCUCAAGGACCACCGUGGCCCACCUCCCAGACCUGUCCCUCCUUCAGGAGGACACACCCUUGCCCAGGUGCUGGGACCCUGCCCAAAGGCUGCAGGGCUGACAGAGGUGUGAGGGGUGUGCCUGCUUCUUUAAAACCACCUUGGGUCACGACACGUGGCAUGAAAUCAGCACAGAUGGCUCUGCAAAUGCCAUGUGCCCUGGUCAGUGGAGAGAGAUGCUAGCCACAGACUGGGGAGAUUGUCCCCACCCAGGAUUAGGGGCCUUCUCAGACCAGCUCCUUUCCGGGAGCUGGGGUCCCUAGUUAAGAGAAAAGGGGCCGCUCUAUGGGAAGCAACAUCCCACUCAGCCAAGACCCAUUGUGGAGCCUUCCCUUUCUGCAGCUUAGAUCCCUGCGCAGCCAGUGUGGUGGGCAUACAAAAAGCCACUUGAGGCAGGCCACUUCUCAGAGGAUAAGGAGCCACAGAGUGAACUCGUGUCCUGAAUGUGUUUUUAUGUGUGCAAACGCUAUACUGGAUGUACGGCCUACCCCUUGACCAUAGCUGGGCAGGGUGUGUGUCUCCAGUGUGAUGUGUGGAAACAUGGAAUAAAGAUGCUUCAUACAGUC